AUGGCCGGCCUUCCGAAUGAUCAGGGUUCCAAUCACGUCCUAGUGGGACACCAGCUACUACCCAAGGCCAAUGUACCUCAAUGGACAGCGAAAGAUUGCGUCGAAUUGUUGACUGGAGUGCGCGGAUUCGACUUCCGCAACUGCCAGCUGCCAGAGGGACAAGACGCCAUAGCCAUGGCAGAAGCUCUCCUGCUGGGCGAGGACAAAACCAACAUCAUAAGAGACCAUAUCCUUGGCAUCACCAAACUAUUCAAAAUUGGAAUCCAGUUAUAUGACGGCAACGAUAUGAGUGAAUAUUUCUGGAAGGUGAUGUGGCAGACAGGCCCAUGGCCUUACUUACCCCUGAAGAAAGCCACCCACCAGACGUUGAAGAACGCUGUCGCCUUCUAUACCCAGGCCUUUAAGACCCACCAAGAGACCUCAGUAUCCGGCAUACAGUUCCCCGUACGCCAUCCUGACGACCUGAUGGACAACACUGUAUGGGGCAUGAUUCGCACCAUUGCCUACUGGAUCACGAUUACCGAGGGCACCAAGUACGUGUGUGCAAUCAAGGAGGCUAACGUCACCAAUCACGUCGAUCACGUCAACCAGGCCUACCGCGACUACCUUGCCGAUGCCGCCAUCCAGGCUGACGUCGCCAACCAGGCCGACGUCGCCAACCAGGCCAAUACCGGCAACAUGGGUCGCAAGCGACGACGACGUGCUUCGAAGAUGAAGGGAGAGGAAGAGAAAGAGCUAGCAGCCCAGGACGUCAAGCCUCCCGUCAAUUAG